GUACGGUCGUCCAGCGAGCCACGAACCGAGUAUGUCACAAUGCGAGAGUCGCAAGAGAGGCGAAAGCGCAAGACGAGAAUCAAGCGUCCUGAGCUUCGUCAAGAAGACAGUUGGGACGAGCUGUCGCGGCGCGUACAACAGAAAAAGGCCACUCAGCAGGCCAAGGAGAAAUUCGAUCGUGAUGCCGCCAAGUCGCUCUCUCACAUCUCAGCGCCAAUGCUUGCUCCCACACGACCCGUCAAGAAGCUUGCGGGAGAAGGGAAGGAGAAUGAAAUUGAAAAUCUUCCCGAUGAAUCUUCUCAGGACGUUUUCUCGACCGCGCGGAGUGCGGUGAAAUACAAUAGCAAAAACAAUAGAGUCGAGGUUCCCAAAACCUCCUCACAUCCAGAUAUAGAACGAUCAGGAACAUCUUCGCCCGGCUCUUCUCCGCGCGAGAGUCCACCGUUACAAAUGCAACGCAAGCCACAGUUUCGGGCACCAGGAUCGCAGUCUUUUCUUCGGGAUUCGUUCCUACCGCAGAGUAGCAGGGAGUCUGUUGCUGUUAUGGAUUCUCAACCAGACGCGACUGCCGAUUUCGAAAGCAUACCGCGACCCAAGUCUUUGCGCUAUCCCUCGUCACCCUCGAUAGAACAGUACAGCAUUAAUCAAACUACGAUUGCCACAAAGACAGGGUAUACUAGUCAAAUCGUCUCGUCUUCAAUGCCUCCAAUGCCGCCACACUCAAGUCCGGAGGAAGUGGAGGAACCGCUGGAAGGGAUCACACCAGAAGAAGAGGAGCGCGUGCCAAGCAGUCCACCAGUACUGUGUCCUCCUGAAGACGAUGUUACCCAGCACACAUAUGACGAGUAUGCUGAAGGGGAAGGUAACAUCACGGAAUCUGACGUCGCCGAUGAAGACACGGUCAUGGAGGACGACGACGACUUUCCUGCUACAAAGGGAGAGCCCAGUGACGAGGAGCUAGAGGUUGGACACGAUUUGAACAAUAACGAAACAGAUCUUAUCCCGCCAUUGAAAGUUGAUCUUGGCACAGACCAGGAAGUUCCUGAAACGUUGGAGCAGAACGAGAUGCAGAACGUCCAGCCGGAUGAUGAUGCAUUGAUGCAAUCAAGAUACACAGAGGAGCACGACAUUGAAAUGGAAGAACCUUCGCAAAUACCGCCACGUAUGCAUCGACAGAACACGAUCCCUGAGACCGAUGCACUCGACGAGACACAGCCGUCGUUCUUUCCAGAUGAAAGGCUUGCAAUCAGCAAUGAGGAUGCACAUGUUGAGUCUGCAGACGACGAGCUGGCUGCACGUGGUCUACCUGUCAGCACUGAGCCAUUCCAGACCGCUAGAGAGAACCAGUCUGUUGCGCAGGUCACUGCACCGGUUCCUACCAGCUCAAAGGAUGCUGGUAGCGAUACCAUUCAGAUAGGCGACCGCAUUCACUCUUUGCACGACAUUGCUAAUCUUCCAGAAACCCAACAGUCUGAGGAUGAGGAAAUUUUCGAAAUGCCUCGACUGAGUGGUUUGGACGAGAACGAAGAAGAUACCUUCAUGACUAAUACUUCAUUCGCACCUCCCUCGGCGAAAAGGCGCAAGGUCAUGUACACGGCGAAGAAAAAGGGGUUCCCCAGCCCUGUCAGGCCUGCUGUCGAGCCGUUCUCCGAUGCGCCUCCUUCAUCACCUCUGAACCGCGUUCUGCCGGUUCGAGAAGAUACUCCUCCGACCGCGUCAGCACAGGCACGAGAGAACCGAGGUGCUCACGCAGCGGUACAAGCUAGGGAAGAAGCGCAGGCACCUUACUCCAGGCCAGCGACUUUGAAAACUAGAGGCCAACCCAGAAUUUCGAAACCGCAACAUCAAAGAAAGGGCGCCCUCAAGCCAGUCGCCCGAGAACUCUUGCAAACACUAUCUUCCCCGGUCAACACACCGUCUAAGCCAAAAGCCUCUGCGCCAAUUCGGACCAUCACGCCUCCUUCACCCACUGCGCCUAGCCUUGAUACCCCACACCAGAAAGCUGACGUCGACAUGUCCGAUGUGGGAGAUAAGCCAGACGAAGUUACGGAAUCUCCCCAGGCUACCAAUGUACAGCGGAUGAGUGAGAAUGCGCCAAAGAGGCCUGAUACACCGACCGGAGAUGUGCUUGUGCCAAACCGAGUGUUCGCAUCAUGGCCUGGAAGUCACUACUAUCCUGCUACAUGCAUCGGGCGGUCGGCCUCACGUCAAUAUCACAUUCGCUAUGAUGAUGGCAAUACGACUUUCGUAGACACUGCCCUGGUUCGAGCGCUUGCUCUUCGCACUGGGGAUCAUGUCAAGGUUGAUGAGACAGGCAUGAAGAAGCACACGUAUGUUGUGGUAGGCUUCAAGGAUAUAGCGAAGAACCUUGACCCUGAGGAGUACCCUAGCACCGAUCGAUUUGGACAUACGACCAUUGUUCUAGAAGAGAAGCAGAGAGACAGUCUGCCAGCAGCAAAGGCUGCUCAGCCAGCGAAACAGAUCGCGGUGCCCAUGGCAAGCAUCUACCUGACGACUCAGCUGUGGCAAAGACUUCGAGACCGUGCCUUUGACUUCUCGCCUCCUGCGUCACCGAGUAAAUCUACUGAACAGACGGAAACUCCCUCCAGAGUGGCUAUGCUCGCCACACCGUCUUUCAAUCGUAGAGGGGCUGCGGCGCCGUCCUUAUUGAGAGACGCGACUGCCCGCGCAGGAUCUGUUGCCUCCACGGCGCGAUCAGGCAGCGGGGUGUUCUUGAACAUGGCCUUCAUCAUCACAUCAACCGGCGGAGACGUAGACAAAGACGCCAUCGCAAAACUCAUCAAGAUAAACGGCGGUCAAGUCCUAGAGCACGGUUUCCACGAGCUCUUCGACCUCGAAUCGUCAGGCGAGAUGCCCUCCUCACAAAGCCGGCGAAGAUCCGCCUCCGCCAUGGAAAAUCCCGCCGGCCUGACCCUCAAACCCCAAUAUCAAGACCUCGGCUUCGUAGCCCUAAUCUCCGACUCGCACUCCCGCAGCACAAAAUACAUCCAAGCCCUCGCCCUCAACGUCCCCUGCCUCCACCUCCGCUGGAUCCAAGACUCGCUCUCCGCCUCGCGCGCCCUAUCCUUUGCGCGCUUCCUCCUCCCCGCCGGCGUGUCCAAAUUCCUCGACCCAAACGGCGUGCUGCGCUCACGCACAAUCCGCACCUACGACCCUUCUGCCGACGACGUGCUCUUCGCCCAAACUAUCAACGACCGCGAUCUACUCCUCCGCGACCAGGCCGUCCUCCUCAUCACCGGCAAAUCGAAGAAGGAAAUCGAAAAACGCGCCCCUUUCGUCUUCCUCACGCAUGCCCUUGGCUCUGCGGCGGUCGCUCGUUGUGCUGACUUGCCCGCUGCUGCUCGUGCGCUCAAGGACUCCCACUGGGAUUGGGUCUAUGUCGAUAGCGCGGAUGCGAGUGUUGCCGACGCUGCGGCGGAACUUUUCGGCUCUGCUGCGGGGAGACCUGCGAGUGCGAAGAGCGCGAAGAAGGGCAAGAAGCGCCGCAGAGACGAGAGCGAGGAGCAGGGGGACCUGGUUUCUAGGGGCGAGGUGCGCGGGCGCGUCGUGCGCGUUACGUGUGCGGAGUUUGUGGUGCAGAGUCUGAUUUUGGGCGCGUUGGUUGAGGAGUAGGGGAGGCUUUUUUCUUUCUUUUGGGCGUUGGGUUUGGAAUGGGAGGGGUGGUUGUUUCGUGGGUCAUUUGUCUUGCGCUCUUUCGCGCGCGGAGAGGGGGGUUGCUAUGUUUUUACUUUGUUAUGUUAUGUUCUCUUCUCUUUUUCGUGUGUGUGUGGCUUUCUUCAUCGGUGUAGCAGGCAUGCCAGCAAGGCGCUUUGUUUCUUUUUUUCUUUUCGCCCAUAGGGAGAGAUGUCACGUCUCGUUCCAUUUCAUUUCGUUCCGUUGGGGAAACAUAUACUGGAGAUGCGGAUCUGGGUGAGCUGGCUCAAACUCAAGCUCAAGAUCAAGAUCAAGUUUAUACGAAUGAAGUGCAAAUGGUAUAUUUACG